CGGUCAGUUUAUUGUUGUCAUUCGGAGACAGUACGUGCGAUCGCUUUAUUUUUUGUUGAUAACAAAAAAAAAAAAAACGCAAUUAAAUAAAUGUUUCUUUAAAAAGUGAAAGAGAAAUUUACAACAAAAAUGGAAAUGCUCACAACACAAUCGCUUAUUAUUGGCUCAUUCGGCAUGGCCUUUUGUCUGGCGUGUACGGCAAUCGAAGUCAGAGAUUUGUCCAUAAAAUUAAGAAGGAAAGAUGAAUCGCAGGAAAGUCAUGAUAAACAGAAAAGUUUUCUCAAUCUGGCAAUGUACCUUGGUGGAGCACUUUUUAGUUUACUACUAAUUUGGGGUUCAUUAAAGGAACACCGUCUGGCAAUUAUACCGGCACUACUAUGCGUUGUAGGAGCGUUGGGCUUCACUCUAUUCUACAUGGGUUACAAUUUAAUAUUUAUACCGUUUGGCCAUUUUGAAGUGUUGCGAACUACUGUGCCGCUAUUGGGAGUGCAGGUGUUGGUGUUCCAUAUCUUGGCAUCGACAUUUGGAGAAAUGCGACGUGGAGCUCAAACUUUUUACGAUAGGAUAUAAAUUACAUUUAUUUAUUAAAGUCAUCAAGCACAUAUUGAUUGCAAAUAAUUUUAAUAUUCGACUGACUGUUUUUGUAACUAGAUAUUAAUUCACUAAAUAAGCUUGAAACCAGCAUAUCCUGGUUGUGUGCACUACA